GCUGUCUUCUUCGCGUUCUCUUCCGCGCCCGGAUGGGACGGGGUGUGGGUCGUCGUCCUCCGUGCGGAUCGCGAGACGCCUCCCCCGAGGGGGAGGAGGGCAUGUGCGGAUUGGGGACCGUUAUAUGAGUGACCGUUGGGGGCCCCUGAGACCGCCACGCAGGCUGGGGGAGGGUCUGGGGCUCCCCGGGCAGGAACUCGGACAGUGGCCUGUAGCUUGUUUGGUGGUGGAGGUGAGACCCUAUUGCCAUCCCUGAAAUGCUGGUGAGGAGAAAAAUAAGAUACCUCUUGCAGCUGGUGCCUGGAAAGCAGCACUUUGGCAUGUACAGAUUCCUUCCUUUCUUCUUUCUCCUUGGGGGAGCCAUGGAGUGGUUUAUGAUCAAUGUCCGGCUUGGCGAAGAGACAUUUUAUGAUGUUUACCGUAGGAAACGGUCGGAGAGACAAUAUGAGCGGAGGAUGGAAGAAAGAUGAAUUUUUCACUGAACCAUUUUGACACACAUACCCUGAACCCUUGAAUCCUGUGAAUCAUAGUUUAGAGAAUUAUAACUCCUGUUAAAUGCAUUCACAAGACUACAUCUCUGCAAAUUGGACUGUAAUGCACUCAUUGCCUGGUCUAUGAAACAUGGUUUUCCAAAAUAUUUUGAGUGUAUUCUUCCUUCACCCACUUUAGAAUCUUUUCCAGUAAUAUUUUCUGAAUAGAAGGGUGAAGAAUGUUGUUUGUGCAAAGCUCUGUUAAAUAAACUAAACUGAAUAAACAAAGUA